AUGCGCAGCAGUACGUUUUGGCACAACCGGCUGAAGUUGUCUGGUGAGCUGGCCAAGCUUGAGGACCCUGGGGCGCGCGUGCCCUUCACCUUCGUCAGUGGCAAGGACGUGGCCCAGCUGCUGCUGGGAGUUGGUGAAGACAAGUCGCAUUCCAGCCAACGCAUGAUCCUGGCCCAUCUGCUUCGACAUGCGCCACUUCCUGCUCUGCUCGUUCUCGGCAUCAACAUCGUGGCCGGGUGGACGUCGUUCCGGCUGUUGCUGCUGCUCAACGACAACACACUGUCGGCCAACGGCCUUGCUGCUCGUGUUCAACAACGUGCUGCUGUGGAUACCUUUGACGGCGACUACAGUGGUGCUGUUGGCUGCUGCGCGUCCUGCAUGUCAAUGGUGCUGAACCUGCUGAUUGCGCUCACGUCGGACUGUGCAGACAUUGAGUUGCAGCUGCUGCGUGGCUGA